AUGGCAGUGUCAUCACGCAGGCGACACGCUCAACAAUUCGACGUUCUCCUCUGCCUCUUUACUCCGGGACAUGCUCAAACUGCGCCUCCACCACUCGACGCUAAAGCGCUUCUUGUGCCCGCGUCCACGUUUGUCGCGCUCACGUUCCCGUUCCCGUCCUCGGGAAAGCGUGACAUCGAGCUCGACCAUCUCGUCAUUCAACUACCGGGACAGACGAUCCUUGGCAAGGAUCGGCGCCAGGGAGACGAGGGUCAAAGAGACGAGUUGGAAGCCAUUUCCAUCGUUAUCUUCCAUCACAUUUGCGCCAGCGAUGGCCCUUUAUUAGCGACCAUGCUCGUCUGCAAAGCUUGGCACACAGCAGCGAUUCUUACUGGAGAGGUCUGGAGCUACAUCCACCUCACAACAGGAGCAACACAUGACAGACUAUGUUACGGUGUGCUGAAAUGUGGGACCAAGCCACAACUAUUGGCCGCACUCAAGCGCAGUAGAGGUUUGCCUCUGAGCAUUACAGAUAAAGGUACAUCACAGUUCCACGUCCAAAGUCUCAUCAAGGUGAUUGAAGAGACCGUCGAAACACCUCGCGCAUGA